CCAGGUUCCCCUAUUUGUGCCCGACAGUUGAGCGAGGCCCGCCAGUGGGUGCUUACGGUCCUCCAGUACGUGGUCCACUAUCCCUGAAGUGGUUGUGGGUCCCGAACAAGAAAAAUAGGCCCGCCCACAUUUUCAGGGACAGGUAUCGCGAGCAACUAGCUUCCAUGUUGCCAGACCAGGUGGUGUGGCAGCCAUAUGAAGCUCAUUUUGACGACCUCCCGCUGUGGUGUGUUGCAGGGAGGGCCGUAUGGACGGCAACGGUGCCGCUUGUAUGUUUCCACCUAGUAGAGAAACAUACACCGGAUCGUGUUGUUCGUCAAUUCGGGAUGAUCCAAGAAAUUCCCGAAGCUGUUAACACUGACAGAGUGCUUCAUGGCAUUGAUUUGAGGGGGAAGAUCGGUGUUAAUUGGAUGCAGAAACAUGCUGUGCAUAUCCUUGAGUGGGGUAAUCGCUUUUAUCGGCGUUGUGAAGCAGUGCUUGGUGAUAUGCCUCCAGAGCACGAGUACCACGACUGGUUCAAAAGGGUGACUCGGAGGUUCAUCGAUAGGCCUGGUGCUGUAGUGACUCUGCUGAUUGAAGGAUACGUCCGUUUGUUGAGGCGUCAUCCAGUGGGCACGGAGGACCACAAUGACAUUACUGAGGUACUGACGGCAGUGCAGGCGAUGACACGUGUCCAACCUCCUAUUCCUGAGGCCCCGAUUGAGGAGCCAGCUAUGCCUACCGGCCCAAGCACGAGCACAGCUCCGGCCGGAUGUCAAUCCCGUCCGCCUGUUGCUACCCCUCAGCUUCUCCCUACCCCCGAUCCCUCUGCAUCCACCCCACAUGCAUCCGCCAGCCCCACCAUCCCUUCAUCCACCCCACAUCCAUCCCCUACCGUCACCAUCCCUUCACCCAACCCACAUUCAGCUCCUACGCCCACCAUCCCUUCACCUAGCCCACAUCCAGCCCCUACGCCCACCAUCCCUUCACCCACCCCCCAUCCAUCUCCUUGCCCCACCAUCCCUCCACCCACCCCACUUCCUUGUUCUAGCUCUGACGUCUGUCCACCCACCCCACAGUCAUUUCUUCAGCUGUCACCCAUUCCAUCCUUUGACCUGGGUACCCCACCUGACAUGCAGCAGGAGCCACCCUCCCAUAGUUCGUUUAGUACCCCUUCUUCAGCCAUUGACCCACCCCAUGUUCAGGCUGAGCAGGCGGUUGGGUUACCUACAGAGGCUGAAGGUCGGCCUAAACGCAUAUCAAAGGCACCUCCGUGUGGGACAGGGGGCCACAAACAUGGACACAAUGUUGGGCCCGAGGCAUCUGACGAAGGACAUGCAAGACCUCCUCCUCAUUAUACGAGACGGCGUAAGAUUCAAAAAAGGUGAAUGCCUCAAAUAAGGACAUUAGCUGGAGGUAGAUAUUCCAGCAAGGAGAGAUGCAGUCCAAUAAAUGUGAAUGGUAAUGGAGAAGAUCGCUUAAAAUGCCAUCAGUGUAUGAAGAAAAUUUUUGUUGUUGUUCCUUGCACUAAGUGUAAGAAGAAAAUGUAUUGCAUCCAGUGUAUCAAGCAAUGGUACCCCCACUUAGAAGAAGAAGAAGUUUCGAUGCUUUGCCCAUUUUGCCGUAGAAACUGCAACUGUAAUGUGUGCUUGCACUCAAGUGGGAUGAUUAAGGUUUUGUCUUUGAUUUUAUUUAAUUUUUUUAUCUCACUGCUGUAAAUUUCUUCAAAUGC